CUGGCACACACUCGCUGCUCUGUCGCUGCUCUGUCGUAAUUUGACAAAGCUCAAACGACCACCGCCAUGCGUCUCCUUCGCCGCCAUCGGCGCCACCUCCUCGCCGCCGCGUCCCCCCUCCUCCUCCUCCUCCCCCGCCGCCGCCGCUACGCCACCAAGUACACCGCCAGGGUGACCUCGGUCUCCCCCUCCGGCCGCUCCCUCUCGGCGGAGGUCCCCCCUCCGCCGCCCCUCCCCACCGACGUCCGCGGCUACCCCAUCCCCCGCCGCGACCUCAUCUGCGCCGCCACCAACAUCCUCCUCCACCACGGCCGCCGUCCCCGCGGCUCUUCGCCGCCGCCCCCCGACGGCGAGGGCGAUGACGACGCCUUCUCUCGCCUGUCCAGCUUCUUCCACUCUCUCUCCCCCUCCCUUACCCUGUCGGAAGCCUCCGAGAUCCUCAAGUCCAUAAGCUGCCCCCGCCUCGCCCUGAAAUUCUUCCGAUCCUGCCCUUCACUUUCCCCGAAUUUCCAGCACAACGCCUUCACCUACAACCGCAUCUUGCUCGUCCUCUCCAAGUCGACCGACCCCGACCGGUUCGAUCGGGUCCGCUCGAUCGUCGAGGAGAUGGAGAAAUCCGGCCUGCGCGGCACGAUUUCCACCGUUAAUCUCCUGAUCGGGAUCUUCGGCGGCAACACCGGGGAUUUGGACAAGUGCGUGAGUUUGGCGAGGAAAUGGGAGCUGAAGCUGAAUUGCUAUACGUAUAAGUGCUUGGUUCAAGCUCAUGUGAGGUCGUAUAACUCGAAAAACGCCUUUGAUGUGUACUGGGAGAUGAGAAGAAGAGGGUAUAAGUUGGAUAUAUUUGCUUAUAACAUGCUGCUGGAUGCUCUUGCUAAAGAUGAAAAGGUUGAGGAAGCUUCCAAGGUUUUUGAUGACAUGAAGAGGAAGUGGUGUGAACCUGAUGAAUUUUCAUACACCAUUUUGAUCAGAUUGAAUGGAAAGAUUGGGAAACCUGAUGAAGCAAUGGUACUUUUCCAAGAAAUGAUGGAUAAAGGCUUAUCUGUCAAUUUAAUUUCUUAUAACACCAUCAUAGAAGCACUUGCUAGAGGCCAUAUGGUUGACAAGGCCCUAUACAUCUUCUCUAAGAUGGUGAAAAACGAGUGUCGCCCCAACGAGUUCAUUUAUAGCGUAAUUCUGAAUCUCUUAGUCUCAGAAGGGCAACUAGGUCGGUUGGAUGAGGUCAUCGAAAUGUCUAAGAAGUUCUUGAACAAAUCAAUAUAUGCGUUUCUUGUGAGAACGCUCAGCAAAUUGGGCCAUGCUGGUGAAGCUCACAGGCUAUUUUGCAACAUGUGGAUUUAUCAUGACCAGGGAGAUAGGGAUGCUUACAUGUCUAUGUUAGAAAGUUUGUGCAGUUCAGGUAAGACAACAGAAGCUCUGGAACUUCUGCAGAAUAUACACGAAAAAGGAGUAAAUCCCAAUACCAUGAUGUAUAACAUGGUAUUCUCCGCUCUGAAAAAGUAUAAGCAAAUAUCCCAACUUCAGGACCUUUAUGAAAAGAUGAAGCUUGAUGGCCCUUCACCAGACAUAUAUACAUACAACAUCCUAAUCUCCAGCUUUGGCAGAAUGGGAAAGGUUGACGAGACUGUCAAAGUCUUCGAAGAGCUUGAGCGGAGCAAUUGUAACCCCGAUGUUAUCUCAUAUAAUUCACUUAUCAAUUGCCUGGGGAAAAAUGGUGAUCUUGAUGAAGCUCACAUCAGGUUCAAGGAGAUGCAAGAGAAAGGUCUGAAUCCUGAUGUUGUUACAUAUAGCACACUUAUCGAAUGCUUUGGCAAGACGGAUAAAGUGGAUAUGGCAUGCUGCCUGUUUGAUGAAAUGCUUGCAAAAGGCUGUUGCCCGAACAUUGUGACAUACAACAUUUUGCUGGACUGUCUCGAGAAGUGUGGGAGAACGGCACAAGCUGUAGAUCUUUAUGCAAAACUUAAGCAGCAGGGAUUGACCCCAGAUUCUAUCACCUACUCCUUGCUUGAAAGGAUACAAAGUGGUUCCCACAGGAAAGUCCGGGUUCGCAGGAAAAAUCCAAUCACAGGUUGGAUUGUGAGUCCUCUGCGGUGAUGGGCGUCGUGAUUCUGCUUUGAUGAACGCCGAGUCGGAUUCAGCAGGUUAUAAUGCUUAAUGUGCUUUUUGCUAUGGAAAUGGCGAAAGAUACAGAGCUUCUUUCAACGAGGCACUUGAUACCCCAGAGGCUGUUCUGGAAAUCUUGUCAGCGUGAUCACUCUCUUAGCUCACUUUUUCGACAAGAAACUGAUGAAUGACCGUGCACGACCCUCAUGAAGUACGAGUGCAAGAUGACUGGGGCUUACAUUCAACGUGGAGUCGGCCUCAUAUAUAAGGAUAGUGUUCUGGCGGCACGAGCUGAAAGCCGUGUUUCUCGAAUUUUCACUGUUGUUUCUCGAUUUUCUGAGAGGGCUGCUAUCAGAAUCCCACUCGGGGCUCCUGCAAUUUUUAUCCGGUCAGGAAGAGGAACUAAUCCCCUCUUCCACAUAUCCCCUUUUUUCUAUUUUUGGCUUUUAAAUAAAGAGGAGGAACCAUUCCAUCAUUAUAGAAUACUUUUGCAA